AUGUCCUUGAAAAUAUUGCAGGUACUCGAAGGAGGAAAGGAUGGAACUCCAUUGAAGUUCGCCUCGGUCGGUCAACAGGUUUACCACGAAUGGUCUUGUGAUCCACAAGGAAAAACUGAAGCGGAUUCCAGCUUUUGUGCAACCGUACACUCGUGCAACGUACGUGAAGAAGGAGGUCGAGAAGUACAACUGCUCGAUGAAAACGGUUGUGCUGUCGACAGGUACCUUCUUAACAACCUUGAGUAUACAUCGGACCUGACGGGUGGACAAAUGUCGCAGGUUUUCAAAUUUGCUGAUCAGCCUUCACUGUUCUUUCAAUGCCAGAUUCGAUUGAGUCUAAAGGAAGGGCCCGUCUGUAAGCGUUCAUCAGAUGAUUGUCCAAAGACUCUACGUGGAAAGCGAUCCACGGACUCAGAAGAGAACAACGUUGAUGUCAUAUCUCAACAUAUGACUGUCUUUGAUAUCGAUGACGCCACAGCUCCAACUGCAUCUCAACAACAACAAAAACGUGGUGGAGACGUUUGCAUUUCGCCGCUCGCCGCUGGAUCUCUUUUAUCCCUUUUUGCCUCGACGUUACUGAUUUGUAUGCUAUCGAUCUUUUCAUUGAACUGCCGAAAAGAGCCCGUCCAUCAGAAGCUCGUGGACUGA